AUGCUGCACUCCUCGAACGAUCAAGUCUACCGCACGUCAACGUCGUGGAAUCGCGAAAGAGCCGAAAUCGUGAACCGUCGUCACCUUGUUUUCCGUGCGGAGCUAAUCACUGGUCCUGAGAAGAAAAAUGGAUCGAUCCGCCUCUGCGCAGACCACUCAACCGGACUGAACGAUGCACUGGAACAAAACCAGCAUCUGCUUCCAAUCCCAGAGGACACCUUCACGAAACUCAACGGAGGACGCUACUUUUCACAGCUCGACUUAGCCGAAGCAUAUCUCCAAUUGGAAGUAGACGACGUCUCAAAGCAGCUAUUCACUAUUAACACGCACCGUGGACUGUAUCGCUUCAACCGACUACCAUUUGGAGUGAAACCAGCUCCUGGUAUAUUCCAACAAUGUAUGGAUACUUUGAUCGCUGGAUUAGAUGGAACUGCCGCCUAUCUCAACGACAUGUUCGUUACUGGCAGAACCAUCGGCGAACACAAUGCCCGACUAGAGGCCGUAUUCAAGCGGAUUCAAGACUACGGAUUCCGCGUUCCACUCGACAAAUAUGCUUUCCUGCAGACGGAGAUCACCUACCUUGGCUUGAAUCGACUAUACGAAGUCCGAAAACUUGCCCAAAGUCAACCACCAUUCUCCUCUGUGGGACUACGACAACCGCAAAAAUACCAUGACGACAGUCAAAGCACUACACAAAGCCCAUUAAAGCCAAACAAGGAUGAAAAUGCUCGCAAGAAGCUUUGUCUAUUGGCCCACGAUGGAUUCCGACAUCGAAAAACUCGUCAGGACCUGCCUAAGAUGUGCAUCCUUGGAAAAGGAUGA